CACCAUCACGUCGUUUCCUCUCUCUCUCUCCUCUUCUCCUCUCUUUCUUCUUGAUCCCCACCUCCAUCUCUCUCCUUCUUCCCCCAUUCCAAUUCUAUCCCCCUCCUCUUGACUCGUGCCUCUGCGCCGUCAAUUUUUAUUUUCUCUCCCACCGCCAUCAUGUUCCGCUCCGCCAUCGUCCGCUCUUUGAGGGCUUCCGUGCCUCGUGCCGUCAGAACCCCGGUUGCUUCUCAGAUCCGUAGCUCCCCCGUCGCUCGCCCGACUCAAUUCGCCCCUCGCUUUGCCUACCAGGGUGUCCGCCUCUACUCCGCCCCUGCCGGUCUCGACAAGACUGAGGUUGAGGGCCGGAUAGUCAACCUCUUGAAGAACUUUGACAAGGUUACCGAUGCCAGCAAGAUCAGCGGCGCCUCUCACUUCUCGAAUGACCUCGGACUGGACAGCUUGGAUACCGUUGAGGUCGUGAUGGCCAUUGAGGAGGAAUUCAGCAUCGAGAUCCCCGACAAGGAGGCCGAUGCCAUCCACAGCGUUGACAAGGCUGUUGAGUACAUCCUUGCUCAGCCCGAUGCCCACUAAAUACGACAUACGUAAUACGAGAGUUCGGAAAUAGGAUGGAGGGCUAGAUAGAAAAAGAAAGGGAUGUUGGCGUAUACUACUCCCAGCGGAGAUCGUCCGGGGAGUCGUUGGCGCUCCGUUGUAUGCUGAUACAUGCCGGUGCUUUUUCACCCUACUAUAUCGUGUAUAUCAUCUCAAUGCAGUGUUUUUCUUUCUUU